AUGAGCGCUGUCCAAAUCGACCAACUACUACAGCCAGCCGUCCUAGACGUGUCUCAAAAACGGGCAAUCCAGACUUUGAAUGUAACUUGUGCCUCAUCUCAGGAUGUUGAUGCACUCGUAGCCGCCGUCGGCAGCGCAAGGCAGCAACGAGACAGCAUUAAGUCUUCACUUGCAGCAUCUCAAGACAACGUCUCUGCUCUAAUAUCUGACGCUCGCUCUUCUGCUGCGUCACAUCUUCGCGAUGCUCAACAGCUUUCGCUGGAUCGACAUUCGCUCGCAGACGAGCUUUCUGCCCUUUCACUCGAAUUAGUCUCUUCCAUGUCCGACUCGCAGGACACAAAACCUACUCUUUUAGAAGACCUGGAAACUAUGCACCGUAACCUGAAAGAGCUCGAGUCAAUAAAGGUCUAUGUGCAGAUUGUCGAACGCGCUUUACAGCUAAGUGAACAGGCAGUCGAGGAAGUCAAAACAGUCUAUCCCAUUUCCGUCUCUAAGUACGAGGCGCUUCGAGCGCUCGUAUCCUCUGUAAGUGAAGCAUGCUCAAGUACCCCGGAAGAGUCUACGCAACACAUUCGCCUGGUGCCUUUCUUAGAGGAGCUCGGAGUGACUACCUGGUCGAAUAUGAUCCGGUCUUUAUCUACAGUACUGCUUUCUGCGGCAGAAAAGCUUCGGUGGCCCAUGCCGGUAGACUACUUCAACGCCAAUGCAGAGGAUAGAAAAGCUUUUGAACAAGCCUUCAUCAAGCUCCUGGACCUACAGAUAAUGGGUGAUAAAAUACACUCUGAUGAAAGGAAAUCGGAGAAGGAUGUGCUCUACGCCAUGCAGGCGCUCGUUCAACCAAUCUCUCAAAGGUUCCGCUAUCACUUCGAAGGCACUCGCGAGACAAACAGAUUGGACAAGCCCGAAUGGUACUUCACUCAUAUCCUGAAUAUAGCGCACGAGCACCGUUCCUUCAUGGACAAUGUGAUCCAGAGGCUCCUUUCUUCAUCUCCUUACAAUGAGAUUAACGCCUGGCGAGAAUUCUGCUCCAACCUUCUCACCAUACUUUCACGUCGUUUGCGGCGUACUGUGCCGGCGCUUUUACCCCACCCUCCAUUAUUGGCCCAUACCAUCUACCAAGCCCUCACCUUCGACGCGUCAUUGAAGGACGAAGGGUUUUCGUUGGCCGGUACACUAUCCGCUCGUGAUCAAGAAAGCCUCAACUGGGAUGGUAUCGCAGAGAUCGUGCUUGGACGAAAGGAAUGGUUCGACAGAUGGAUGGAGGGCGAGAAAGCAUUCGCUUUGGGCCAAUAUAACGAGCUCAUCACUGCCUCUGACGCCUGGCUCAUAGCGGAUGACGACAGUAGCCCAAACCCGGAAGAGCACGCUACAGCCUCACGAGAAGUACGGCCGACAGUCUCCGCACGCCGUCUCAAGCUCCUCGUCGAACAGGUGACAGACCGUUAUGCGCCACUGCCUCAGUUCUCGCAGCGCACUCGUUUCCUCAUCAACGUCCAAUUACCACUGCUCGAGUCUUAUCAUGCACGAAUCUCGUCCUCACUCGACGCUCAUGAGAGUCUGUCCAGUGCGCUCGUACGAGCUGUCCCGGGUGCUCUCGGUGGUGCCACGGGAGACCAUCGUGAUAAAGGGCGAUUAACGAGUGGUGUAGAGGGCGUUACGAGACUUUGUAAAGCGCUCGUCAGUGCGAAAUGGAUUUCGAUGGCUAUGAAGGGGUGGGGAGAAGAUCUAUUCUUCCUGGAGCUCUGGACAGAAAUAAAUCAUCGUGCUUCACUCCGUGUUCGCGCCGAGACGCAUCCUUCUUUACCUGACCCCAAGGAAGUUUCGGACGAUGCACCGGAAGGGACGAUCUUCGAAGAGUUGGUGCAUCAGUACGAACAACUCGUCACCCGCGCGGAGGACAUCAUCACACAGCAAGUCUGCGGCGAAGUUGAGACUAGCCUUCGAAGCUAUUGGUCCAACCAACAAACAACCAGCUCGCCCGACCCAUCCCAAAGCGAGCUUCCGAUCUCACCACAACUCCUCACAGCACUCUCCAUUCUCUCUUCCCAUCUAUCUCUCUUGCGUCGCACCCUCCCACAACACACGACCACAACAAUAUACCGUCAAGUCGCCACCCGACUCUGCGGCCACAUUCUCCAACGAGCCGUCCUCUACCGUGGCACUCAGACCCUCUCGCCCGCCGAAGGUAAAGUGCUCCAGAGCGAAUGCGAAUUGUGGGUCGAGACGUGUCGGCAGGCGUUGGGGGUGUCGCAAGGACGGGUGGAGGCGCCGUGGAGGAGGUUACUUGAGGCUGGAAGGAUCGUGGGUGCGGAGGGUAAGCGGUGGGAGGAUAUUGUGGAUGUGGCGUAUAGCGCGAUGAGACAAAAAGAUUGGGAGGAGAGGAUGGUGGAGUUGAUUGAUUGGACUGAAUUGACGAGGGAUGAGGUUGUGUUAGUGGUGCAGACUCGGGCGGAUUGAUGCUCGAUCGUACGCGUAUAUUACCCGCAUUGCAAUCUAAUACUGCGGUGGUCUACCCA